UGCAGCAGUCAGUGCCGCCAUGACACCAAUCCUUUCUCGGCUCUCGGCUCGGAUGCCUUCUAGCCUAGCUCGGUCCGUACACUCUUCGUCUUCCGCCUUUGUUGCCUUUCCUGGUCCUGCCCGCCUCGCUCCCCCCUCGUGCGCUCGUCCGGCACGCCGUCUAUAUAAUCCAACACCUCCCCGCAGCCAACCCCACCCAGGGACACCGGGCGCCGCCCUUCCCAAAUCCUGCCCCGCGGGCGUCGCCCUCCGCCCCCGCACGUACGCCGAGGUAGCUAGGUCAGGGGCGGAGUCCCCGUCCUAUUCCCGGCCGCCGUUACUCUGGCUCGCCGCUGCCGUCGACGGCCUCGGCGAAUCAACGGCCUAAUAGCGCUAGGUGCUCCUCAUCGUCCCGGCCAUGGGGGGUCGCAACCGGCGGUGGCACAACUCCAAGAGCCACUACGACGGGCCCCGCCGCCCUCCGCCGCCGCCGCCGCCUCCGGGUCCUGGACACAGUGAUGGGAAUAAUCAAUGCCCGGUCCCAUUAUGGGAAAGGGAAUUUUGCUGUCAUGUUGGCGGCAUUUCCUGGAAAAGGUUCUGCGAGAACAAGCAGUUUUCCUCUAUCUAUAAGGAUAUAGAGCAAUGGGAUGAUUCAGCGGCCUUUGAGAAUUUCCAGAAUGCAAAGUCAAGAUUCUGUGCUCAUUAUCAUGGUCAGUCUUCUGACAUACCUUUACCUGACCCUGAUAUGUACAUUGACAGGGUCGAUCACAGUUGUGAAGUUGACCCUGAAUUGGUCGCUGAACUGGAUAAGGUACGGCUACCAUUUGAGGCAGACAAUGUAUAUGCCCCAGCUACUGGAUGGGGCAACACCGAGGCUAAUAACAAGUGUGCUCCGAACCAGUCUGGAAACUGGGACAUCUAUCUAGAAAAGCUGUCUGAAUCCAACAAGUGGGAGGACAGCUCGAGACCCAACACUGGUUGGGGAGAGAAGCACGAUCCCUUGAAUAAAUGGAGCAAAGACAGCUCCGGUUGGGGCGAUGCCCUGGUGAAGCCUUUGAAUCAAUGGAGCAAAAACAGCUCCGGCUGGGGUGCUGCCCUUGUGAACCCCAGUUGGGGCAGCUCGAGCAACAACUAUUGCCCACCAAAUAACUGGAACAGCGGCCAUGCCAAUAAUGAUCAGUGGAGCACAUAUGGCAGGAAAAGGAACAGCGGCGGUGGAUGCUCCCAGCAAAGGAACAACAAGCAGAGGAACCAGGAUGAGGGCAACCAACAGAGAGGCAGAUGGCAAGAUCGCAGGGGGGGAAACGGCGAGCGGUUUCCAUUUGACAGUAGGCAAAAUGGACAGAGAUGGUAGAGCCUGGCUUUUGAGUUAGUUGUGGUGAAAACUGAAAAUAAACCAUGGAGAGGUUGGUUGGAUAGGGACUGAAAAAUUGUACACCUUGUAGUUUCUUUUGUCUGGACUCUGUAGCAGUAUGUAGUAGUUGGAUGCUGAAAUAAUGGAUGUUACCUGCAAGGAGAUGUUUGGGUUUUGUUGCUGUU